AUGGCAGGGUGGGCCGCGCAAGUUGUAUCUCCGUUCUUUUUCACACUCCUUGAAAACAGUCCAUCAGCUGAUUUGUGUUCUGUUCCAAUCACAGUCGGUACAGUACAGACAGAAAUAUGCUUGCAAUCACACUCACCAGUGCUUCAGAGUUGGAGUGAUGAAUGUUAGUUUUGCUGGUUGUGGGUUCCUUGGCCUAUAUCAUGUCGGUGUUGCAAGCUGUUUCAAGACAUACGCUCCUCAGCUAUACCUAUACAAUGUUUCUGGAGCAUCGGCAGGGUCCAUUGCAGCACUCGCUUUACUUGCAGAUGUACCCCUCGGUGAGAUGACGAGUAAUGUGCUCCGUGUUGCCAGUGAAGCCAGAGCUCGAACCCUCGGACCUUUCUCUCCCUCAUUCAAUAUCAAUCAGAUUCUUUACGAAGGAUUAAACAGGAUUCUUCCCGAGGAUAUUCAUACUAAGGUUCAGGGUAGACUUCACAUAUCUUUAACAAAGGUUUAUGAUGGUAGCAACAUUCUAGUCAAUCAAUUUGCAAACAAGGAAGAAGUUAUUCAGGUUGUUCUGGCCAGUACAUUUAUUCCUCUGUUUUCUGGCUGGUUACCCCCUAGAUACAGAGGGGUUAGGGUCAUAGAUGGAGGAUAUAGUGAUAAUCUUCCAAUUCUGAACGGUCAGACCAUCACAGUUUCUCCUUUCUCGGGGAACUCAGACAUCUGUCCUCUUGAUGAUACUGCUUGGAAGGUUUUCCAGGUGAGCGUAGCGAAUACUUCCAUUGUGGUAUCCAAGGAGAAUCUGUAUAGACUAGGCAAUGUUCUACUCCCACCUGACCCAGAAGUACUUGCCAGGGUUUGCAAGCAGGGGUUUGAAGAUGCUCUCAGGUUUCUCCAGAAAAGAUGUUUAAUAUCAUGUACGAGAUGUCUUACGGUCAACUCCAACUAUAAAAUAGAGGAUGAUGAGGAAGAACUGGAUAAGGAAAUGGGAACCUGCAAGAAUCAUGAUCCUAACUGUUUAGAUUGUAAACUCCAGAGAGAAGUAGCGAAGGAUAGUUCAGUUCCUGAACAUGUUUGGUCUGUGUUUGAGAACGCGAUUACAGAAGCAGAAGCAGGCUUCACUGGUUGGAUCAGGAUGAUUCCUGCAUCUAAGAUAAUACGCUGGUUGACCCUACCAGCUGCUCUACCCUUACAUUAUACUGGCAGGAUAGUCAACAGGUUGACCAGCCUUCUACCCAGGCUGGCACAUGACCUGAAACUGUACGGUGCUGCGGAGAAUCUGAUUGAACAGUUCUGUACAUACAUGACGAGCAGUGGGUACAUUUACAAACCCCCACACCAUCAUGCCAGGUUUACCUGUGAGUUUAAUAUAACCCAGUAUGGAGAUGAAGAUGAAGUGGAUUUAGCGACAGAAAAAGAAAUAUGCAGGAAAGAAUCAAUCAAGGAGAUGCUGAGCUUAGAAUUGACUGCAGAACUAGAAUACAUUGAUCUUCCACAUAGUCAGAUAAUAGACAUUGAUCUUCCACAUAGUCAGGAGGAAGCCCUGAGAUUUCAGAAUGAGAAUUUCAAUGCUGCAAUCAACUCCACCUCCACAGCACAUUCAAGAUGUGUAUCCCGGGUAACAUCUCGUGGACCCUCUAGAGUACCCAGCCGGUCUGUCUCCAGAGCUGUCUCUAGGAUGGGUAGCAGGAGUAGCAGUAUAUCAAACCUAACAGAUCUAGAUGAUGAUUCUCCUGCCCUGGAACAUAUUCGUUAUGUAAAACAAUAUCAGAAUGCAGUCAUGGCUUUCUAUUAUACAGAUGCAGAUAACCAGGUUAAAGUGACAGAAAUCUUCGAUGUGACGAGUUCAGAUCCAAACCUAUUAUCAGACACUCCCCCACUUCAUAGUGAGGUGAGUUCUGCCCUGUCCUCCCUGCAGAGGUCAAGGCAUGAGUCUGGUAGGUCUAGACACUCCUCUGGAACAUCGAGGCAGGAUUCUAUCAAAUCUGUCAAAUCUAACAGGAGUGUUAUAACUACUCCCCUGAUAGGAUCUACUCCUCUCAAACAACCAGCUUUUAGAGUUGGAGAUGAUCUGGAUUAUAAUGAUUAUUCAACCUCGUCAAGUUUAGAAAGUUCAUUCUCUGACCCGGAAGCAGACUGGAAACCGGAAACUAGGUCAAUCAUAAAUUAGUUCAUCAAGAAAGAUGCAUUUAUAAAAAGGUCUUAUCUUGAAACUUGAAAGGUCUCUAAGCUAUACUUAUCACUUGAAAUCAAAAGUUACAUUAAGAUAAUUUGAUAAAACUGUACAUUUUUGUUCAUCUUUAGUUUUUCUUAGUUUAAGGAUUAAAAUUGAAAGUGUUGUAAAUUAUUAAACUUUAUUUAAACAAUUGAGUUGUUCACAUAAGAAAUAAUAGCUAUUGAUCGUUAUUUUGUAUUUAUGUAUAUUGUAAUAUUGUAUACUGUAAUUUAUAUUGUAUUUGUUUAUGUAUGGAUGAUACUUGAUUAAAUUGUAUUUUUAUAUUGAAUAAUCAAAUGUAGCCAAAUUAUCAUGU